AUGGCAUCAGCGUUGGGAUCGGGUGGUGCAGAUGGCGCUGUACCGGGCGGUCGUCGCAAGAAGGCUUACGAAUGGCUCAAAGCUGCCAAUGAGGUUGGUCAAGCCUAUGCAUCACGCUGGUCAGGACAGCGGGGCGUAUCCCAGGAAGACUACUACAACACUCCUGGCGCAUUCCCCAAUGUGGCCAUCGCACGAUCGGGCGACGAGGAGAUGGUCCUGUUCCCUAGUUACGCUCGAAAGCUUGCCACAAAGAAAAAAAGCAGCAGUCAUACAAGUUCACCAUCCAGGCGCGAUUCAUGGAGCCGAACCAUCGAUGAAUAUCGGGGUGUACCCGACGAGAAAGUGGUCACCAAGGGGAGCUGGGAUGAGUCCACCGUGGAAAAUGCAGUGGUGGAGGUCGAUGUGCGAGGCUGGAUUCACGCACCCAGUCGAGGUCCCCUGAGUCGCAAGCAUCGAAUCAUGAUCAGGCUGGCACGAUCUCUGAGCGGCAUCCCAGCUCCAUCGGGUUCAACCAACGACGAUACUUCGGAGCAGCCUCCCAAUAGCAGGGGCGAGGAUGAGCUACUGGACAAGGAGAUGCGCAACCUCGUCGACACCGCUGAGAAGGACGCGGACACGGCUUGGAAGAGUGCAGCAAGCAACCGUCGAGGGUCGAGUACUAGCACUAAUACGGGCGUCGGUCCGACAAUCAGUCAAGCUGCGGUCAUGACGAAAGAUGAGAUUUCCAUGGCCAAUGCUCAUCUGAUGGAAAGACUACGUCCCUUUCUCACGAACCCGAUGGCCGGUAUGCCGGUGACCAUUUUCUUCUUCAAUGAAAAUGAGAGCGAAUCCCGGAAUGUCAUGACCGACGAGGCGGGCUACUUCACGAUACGGGCUCCGAUGCCGUUUGUCCCGACACAUAUUCGAGUAUUGGCGUCUGAGGAUCUUUCUGCUGCCAAGCCAAUCGACGUCAUUGAGCCUGCGGGCAUCAGUCUGAUCAGUGACAUUGAUGACACAGUCAAACAUUCUGCCAUCAGCAGCGGAGCUAAGGAAAUAUUCCGGAAUACAUUCGUUCGGGAGCUAGCUGAGCUGAACAUUGAUGGUGUCAGUGAAUGGUAUUCGCAGGUAGCGCAAAGGGGGGUGAAGAUUCAUUACGUUUCGAAUGCGCCGUGGCAACUUUACCCUCUCCUAGAGCGGUAUUUCAAGCAAGUUGGACUGCCUCCGGGAUCAUUUCAUCUCAAGCAAUACUCUGGCAUGUUGCAGGGCAUCUUUGAACCUACCGCAGAGCGAAAGCGAGGGCCUCUAGAACAAAUACUGCGAGACUUCCCGGAGCGCAAGUUUAUUCUAGUUGGUGACAGUGGCGAGGCUGAUCUGGAGGUUUACACCGAAGUGGUACUUGCUAAUCCUGGUCGCAUUCUGGGCAUUUUCAUCCGCGAUGUGACAACAGUGGAGAAGAAGGCAUUCUUCGACAAAUCCGUCGGUGAUUUGGAGUCCACUGCUCAGGAUCGUAGCUCCCCAAGCCUAGUUGACGCAUCGGACUUGACUGUCAAACGACCAACGCUGCCUCCUCGUCGACCGAUGACGGCACCUCUGAAUGCUGGUCGAGAUAGCCUUCCUAGUGAAGAUCUCAUCGAUCUAGAAGAUGAUGGGUUUACGGGCAGCAAGCCGGCACCCAUGAUACCGCACGCGACUAAGCCUCGGCAACCCCCGGGAAAGCCUGCAAAACCCUCUUCUCUCCGGACUGUACAAGGGUCGAGCGAUCAGGUUGCAGCGGGGGUCUCUUCUGGUCAAACCUCCUUUCAAGAGACUAUACGCCGCAAGCCGAACCCCCCUUUGCCUUUUCGACGGGCUCAAGCCAAAUCAGACUCCCUUAUUGAUCUGGAGACCUCCCGAUCCACCUCUCGUUCGUCGAGUGCACAGCCAUCGAACAAAGACAGCAGCGCUUACCGGUCCGGAAGACCGCCCCCUGUGCCACCGCCAAGAAGAUCUAACACUGCGUCGCCUUCUACCGGUUCAGCGAACAGUGGGACAAACACCCCGCGUUCCUCAGCGCCGGCAGCUAAGCAGUCAUAUCCUGCUGCCGCGGGUGCUGCCGCACAGGCGGCGCUCAACUACGCAACUGAGCGCCUCAACCUGACCGCUUCGUCCGUGACCACGCUUCGCACCUCUGCUUCUAGUCAAUCCCUUGCACGAGCAUCGACAACUACUGCCGCGGAUCCUCUUCCCAACAAACGACAGGAAUUAUGGCGUCGUCGCUGGGAACGAGCAAGCGAAGUGCUCGGGGAAAGGGGGGUCGUUUUGGGCAGUUGGCGUGUUGGCACCGAUGCACAGUCGGUUUGUUUGUGGCUGAUUGAGGAAGAACAGCGCAAACUUCAGGGUCAUGAAGGUUCGACUGGCGCGGGACGCCGGUCCUAA